CCUGCGGCGGAUAGUGCUCUGUCUCAAACCCAAUCUCGUCCAAUUAAAAAACAGCACCGAGACUUAACUUCCGGGCUGAGCGGCCACGCCAUGCACGUAGUCGAGUCUAAGUAAUACGCACGAAAUAUGCGCGAAAUUUUGUCGACGGGACUUUUUCAUUUGUGUUGUGAGAAAGGUUUUUCGGACCACGGUUCAGGAAGAAGUUAAAAGGAGUUUCGAAGCUUUGAGCGGACUGAGGAGAGUUUACCCGCAGGACAGAAGCAGAUCUUUGCGCGGUUUGGUUUUACAAAGGCGAUCCCGUGGGAAAAUUUUAAUCGCCUUGUCAGGAUGCCGAGAGAAAAACGAGCCUUUGGUCUUUUUAUUUGGUUCAUGACUCUUGCUUUCCAGGGUGAGAGCAGAGUGGUGAAAGUGCCCGCUGGUCCACUGGUGCGUGUCGAGGGCCAGUCUGUGUCGAUCCGCUGUGAUGUCUCGGACUAUGAAGGGCCACCUGAACAGGAUUUUGAUUGGAGCCUGAUCCUGAGUGAAAAAGUCCCACUCAUUUCAACUUUUGAUCAGACGUACACCGACGCCUCAAUGAAGGACCGGGUCAACAGUGGCGAUAUCAGCGUUAAGAAAUUGGCAGAUGAUGCAGUAGAGCUGACUAUAAGAAAGGUUAGAGCCUCAGACACUGCUGUCUAUCGAUGCAGCACACCCAGCACUGAUUCAGUCGUCAAAGGGAACUACUUUGCUGAUGUGGAACUUAAAGUUAUUGGCGAUUCUCUAAAAGUGGCUCCAGUCAUUUCUCAGCCAACAGUUUCAGAAGGCGAAUCGGUAAACCUGCUGUGCAACAUCAGUCGAGCCUUCACAGCUCACACUUCCCUGUCAGUCACUUGGUCUAUUAGAACAGGGUCUAGCUCACUGGAAGAGAUCUUGACAUUUGGACCAGAUGAUGGGAUGAAAGUGGGACAAGCAUUUGCCCAGCGUUACGCAGAUGGUGAACUCAUCAUGGUGCUCCCUGGUGGUGGAAGUUAUGGAUUGAUUCUAAAAGGGGUGAAACCAAAGGAUCAGGGUGUGUAUGUAUGCACAGGAAGGGAAUGGACGAAGCAGCCUGCGGGAGGGAAGGGCUGGCAGAAUAUUCUAGAAAGAAGUGAAGACAUGGGGAGAAUUACAGUCACACCCUUAGCCGAGUCACUGAUGGUUUCUGUGGAGAAAAACGUUACUCUCAGUGUGGAGAAUACGCUGAACUUGACCUGCUCAGUUGCUGCAAAGAGCCUGCGUUCUCUGGGUAUAGAGGUGAUAUGGUUGGUCAAGGAACUUAACAACGCUAACAACCAGCGAGUACUGCUCCACGUUGGACGUGAUGGCCAAGUGCUGACUGGCUCUGAGCUGGUGAGCAUGAGCAGGGUUCAACCAGGCAUGUUCAGGCUUCUCCUCUCCGAAGUGCAGCCUUCAGAUUCCGGCCUGUACUCAUGCAAGGUGAAGUUCUGGUUGCCACAGGGCAAUGGAGGAUGGUAUCAGGCAGCUGAGAAAACCUCUGAUCCUGUCCAAGUCCAGGUCACACAGCUGGAACCAGAUUUUCAACUGGGUCUCACAGCCCGUCAAAUCCCUCAGUUCAUAAACGACCCCACCGAGCUGCUCUGUGAGGUGACCAAUCUACUGAACAUGCAGGAUGGUCGUCUGAGUGUAACCUGGUACUAUGCAAGCAUGCAAGCAGGCACAUCUCAGCCUGUAACCAUUGCUUCCCUAGAUAAUCUUGGGGUACUCGUUCCAGGAGAUUUGUAUCAGCAGUUGCUGGCUACUGGAAAUAUUGCAGUGACGCGCAGUGGUCUGAACAAAUUCGGGCUACAACUGCUGCAUACUCGGGACAAAGACAUGGGCUUCUACUCCUGCAGUGUGGCUGUCUGGACCCGUGGCCGCCAGGGAGACUGGAACAAAGCCAAAGAGCUUAAGUCUACUCCAGUCACAGUACAGUGGUCCUCAAAGACACCAGUCCUCAGUGUGGCAGCCAAACAAGAAAAUGUGGCUUCGACAGUCGGCUCUACUUUUGAGAUGAUGUGUCUGGUGACUGGUCAGAACAUACAAAACCCCAGCUAUUCAGUGCUCAUCCACUUUGAAAAGACGGCAGGUGGAGAGUCACAGAAGCUUCUGUCUCUGAGUGCGGACUCCAUUCUGAAGCAGGAGGAGGGAGUGGUGCCCAGUCGCGCUGGUAGUGUGGCUCUGGAGAAGACGGGUCCACAAGAGUACCGCUUCCGUUUAAAUGGAGCUCAAGUCUCUGACCAAGGUUCCUACUACUGUCAUGUGACCGCUUGGACUCGUGAUCAGAGCAACACAUGGAACAGCGAAAUCAGUGCUGAAUCAAAUAAAAUACAGCUUGCCUUUAUAGACACAGGUCCAGUAUUCAAUGUGUCUAUUUACUCAGACAGCAGUCAGCUUAAGCCUGGGGACACAGUCAAAAUGAAGUGCAUUAUGGAUGUACAGGGGGCUACAUCAAACACAGUGGCGUAUGAUGUGCAGUGGUCCCGGAGUCCAACACAGGCACUCAAAAAUGGUGUUGUGCUCCUCAUCAGCAUGGACCGGUGGGGAGUGGUGAAGAAGAGCAAAGGAAAUGAGAGCACACAGUGUAGUAUAGAGCGAACAGACAGGGACACAUUUGUGCUCAGUGUUUACCAUGUUCAGGACCGGGACAUGGGCGAGUACUACUGCACGGCCAAGCUCUGGCAUUUUUCUUCUGACACUGGACUUUGGAAUGAGGGAAAGCAACUUACAUCUACUCCAGUCUUUCUCUCCAUCAACUUGGCAUUGUGGGACUCCAUCAAGAACCCAGUGCUUUAUGGCCUUGCAGCAGCUUUACUUGUUGGCCUGCUGUCCAUUGUUCUUGGACUUAUUACUUCCCGCUGCUGCUUUUCCAGAAACCCUAUGCACACACCACGCAGCAAGCUCAUGGACAUGGAGAUGGACUGAGCCACGUGCUCCUGCUAACGAGACCUCAUUUUACUUUAACCCACUUCAAGAUAGCAUGGCUGCUAAUGUCCCUUAAAAUUGUAUUGAGCCACAAGUAUUUAGAUAUGUUAAGUGCACUGUUUAAAGGAAGAAAAGGAGAAUCUUUACUACUUAUGUGCACACAGGAGGGUGUGGUCACUACAGGGAGAUGCAGUUGGCGUAUCUCAGGAUUUAUUUGCAAACAGUGGCCCCAUCCACCUUAACUACUGUUCUCAGACCCUGUCCUGAGUUUCAAUGUUUUUGGAGACACUUCAUCAGGAAUAACAUUUUGAACUUCUUUAAGACAUAAAAUUGCAUUGUGCCUAUCAACCCUACAUAAUGAGGAGCAGAUUUUUAUUCAAGUAUGAAGGAUACUUGUGAGAGCUGUGAAAGCACAUAGGACAAGACACAUGGGACAAGUAGGGAAGCAUUACUUUCUCAAUUCAUUACCCCAGUCUCACUCCAGAUUCAGCCCCCGUCAAUUCACGACAUCAGCCCUGCAUGUCCAGCAUCUAACCAGCCUGCCUGUCAGUCAGAGUCCUGCUGUUCGAAAGAGUGCUAUUCAGGAGUCCAGCUGACCGUCACUAAUGGCCAGGGGCAUGGUUUCCCGAUCUGCUUCCACAAUGCACCCCUCUCUCUUGUGCACACACUGCUAUCUAUUGGGGUAUGCUUGGCUAAAAUCUAGAGCCCAUUGUCCUGAUUGCUAUCAGUUACUAGAACUGUGCACUUUAGGAGAGAAAGGGUGUCUUGCUUGCUCUGCUAGUAUUCAACACGGUGGCUUUGCAUAAAGCCCUUAUAAAUCAUCCUCCACUUUAUGCUCACAAAUGCUCCCUUUCUUCACACAAUGCACACACAAUGCAUGUACACACACACACACAACCACUAAUUUUAAAAUGCAAAAUUUAUUUUCUCAGAAAAUAGGACAGCUGCACUGUCAUUGCCCUCAAACUGCACUCAACUGCUCUCUUGUCCAUUACAAGCAGUGUCUCCUUUAAAAGCAGCUGCUGUUGUCCUGCAGUCCUCCAUUAUGUGACUGAGAAAACGUCUACAGGUUGAUAUUUGCUUUAUUGAUUUAAAGUAAGAUUAUGUAUUUGUUGGUAAAGAGAGUUAUUUAGGAUGAAGCCGACCCCAGAACACAACAUUCUGCACUAUAUUGCUGCAUUGUGGAAACUCACUUUUAGGAUUUUUUUAUUUUUUUAUUUCUGUUUUAAGUAGCAUUUUGGGGGUUUAUGUUAAAUUGAUACUCAACUGAGUGCAGCUUUGCACUUUCCUGUAUUUUCAUUAAAUGGUUUGUAAACAAUGAUUAAUACAUAAAUCAGGAAAUAAUUCCUCCAAAACUUUAUACCGUAAUAAAGGUUUUUAACAAUUACAAGGUGAAUAAAAUUUUUUAAUCUUUCCUUAGCUCCUCAGAACGUGUUCUGCAUUGACUGAGUAAAUUAAUAUUAGUAGCUACUCAUUGCUUAAGCAACCAUGUUGAAAGAUGUAUCCCUUCGACAUGGAAAUAUGUUAAUCUGUUUCACAAGAGUCAAGUUAUUGGCCUGCAUCAAGCAAAGAAAAUAAAGAUCGAAGAUCACUUAAACACUUGACGUUGUAUUGUAAAAACAUUAAUAGAAACCACAACUACAUUUAAUAUUGAAAUAAGAGCAUUUCCACAUUCAAUAUUCACCAAGAACAGGGACUCAACAGCUGUGUGGUUGAAAAAAUAAAUUCAGUUUGUUAAGGAGCAUAAAUGUUGGACUUUAAAACAAUGGAAGAUCAUGAUGUGGUCUGGGUUCAGACUCCCCUUAUUCUGGAGCAAUAGGAGCGUCAGGGUAAGGAGAAAAGUGCACUGUGGUUUUUGUUUGUGGACUUUUUAUUCAUGUUUUUUCUUCCCACAUAAAAAGGUUUUUAGGGAUUUGGCCCUUUUACACCACCACAUUAAAUGAAACCUUUAAGACACGAAGUCAAGACUUGACAAAAGUGUGGCACUACUAAUCAGG